AUGUUACCUAUUGAUGCAGCUGGUGACUUUCUGUCCCCACAGUUUCCUAAUUCUGAGUUAGCAUUGUCUGCAGCUCGUUAUAUGCUUGCAUUUGAAAUUUCUCGUGAGCCACUUGUUAGAAAAAUGAUGCGCCAAAUGUUUAAUCUACAAGCUGUAAUCAGUAUGCGUCCUACUGAGAGAGGGGCUAAACAUAUAGACGAGUCUCAUCCACUUUUUCAAAUUAAAUAUCUUUCUAACAAACCAGUUGCUGAUUUGAUGGGUAAUGUACUUUUCCUUCACAUACAUAAUGCUGAACGUGACAAACUAGUGCAAUAUGAAAUUCAUGUGCCAACCGAACAAAUCCGAGGUUUAUCGUUAGUAGAUGAGCUUCAACGUUUCUUUUAUCAAGACGAAUUUAGUUCAUUGGUUCAAGCAUGGAAUGAACAACGUAAUCUAGUUCUUAAACAGGCUGCUGAAGAAUUUAUUUUCCCUGGACUUGUACGUGAAUUACGACAGAAGUUACUCAAUGAAAGUCAACAAGCUGUACUGAGAAUGUGUGCCAAAAAGUUGUUUAAUUACCUUCGGAUAGGUCCCUAUCCUCCUGAUGGACAUCGUUCGUAUGAAAUGGAUACAGAAGAAACUGCUUCUUCUUUUGUCAAUAAUCGUCACAAAUCAGAUUUUCAUACUAGCGGAGACAUUGAUUCCCGUUCUAGUGGAGCUGUUUGGCCAAAGGGAGCUCGUGUUUUGGCUCUUGCACUAAAAAACGAGGAUGAUAGUCGGAAGUCAAUGGUGACUGCUGUUCAACUAGACUGUAAUGGUGAGGUUGUUGAUUUUCUUCAUUUCCAUGGUCUUUUGGUAUCUCGUCGUGCUCCAGAAGAAAUGAAAAAAAUUAAGGAAGAAGAUAUGCAACGCCUUUCAACAUUUAUGGUAAAACACAAACCUCAAGUUUGCGUAAUCGGGUGCGAUUGCAGAAAGGCCUUGUUUUUGCAAGAAGACAUUCAACAUCUUGUAAACGAAUUAGCGAGUGAGAGACGUCUACCCCGUAUUCAUGUUGAAUUGAUGGAAACAGAACUCUCUAUUGUUUUUGCUCUUUCUUCUCGUGCCUCAUUUGAUUUACCUAUAUCGUACCCUUUACUUCUCCGUCAAGCUAUCUCUUUAGGAAGGCGUCUGCAGGACCCCUUAUUUGAAUUCGCUCAACUAGUAACUAUUGAGAAUGAAAUUCUUGGUAUCAGAUGGCAUCCACUACAAGAUUCUCUUCCUCGUGAUAUGUUACUUCGGGCAUUAGAGAUAGAAUUCAUUAAUCGAGUGAACGAGGUUGGAGUUGAUGUGAAUCGUUGUUUGUCUCACCCACAUACUGCUGGAGUUAUUCAGUUUAUUUCAGGACUUGGACCUCGCAAGGGCCUACACAUGCUAAAGAUUCUAAAGCAUAAAAAAACUCAUUUAACCAAUCGUAUGCAAUUAGUAACAAUGAUUGAAUUUGGUCCACGGGUUGUGAUUAAUUGUGCUGGUUUCAUCAAGAUUGAUACUUCAUCGGUACGUGAUUUAGAUGCAGAUGAUGUAGAUCUACUGGAUUCUACUAGAGUGCAUCCUGAAAGUUAUGAUUUAGCGAAAAAAAUGGCUGUCGAUGCUCUGGAAUAUGAUGAUACUGAGGAAUGUGAUCCAACAGUUGCGUUGGAAGAGAUAGUACACAGCCCUGCACGUUUACGUGAACUUGAUUUAGAUGCUUUCGCAGAAGAAUUGAAACGACAAGAACAUGGAGAUAAACAUAUCACCUUGUAUGAUAUUCGAAAAGAAUUAAAUAAUCGUUAUCGAGACUAUCGAGAAGCUUAUCAAUCUGCUAAUCCAGAAAGUAUUUUCAGUAUGGUCACACAUGAGACACCUGAAACUUUACAUGUUGGUCGUUUAGUUGAAUGUCGUGUGUUAUCUGUUGCUACUAGACGACCACGGCCUGAACAGUUAGACAAUGCAAAUCCAACUAAAAAUGAAAUUAAUGGUUUAUGGAUGUGCCCAUUUUGUCAACAAGAUAACUUCCAACUACUCAAUCACGUUUGGAGUCAUUUUGAUAAUAAUGAAUGUCCUGGGCAACCAGUUGGAUUAAGAGUUCAAUUAGACAAUGGGAUUGAUGGAUUUAUACCAUUAAAGUUUAUGGAUUCCCCAGAUAAAUUAUUUGAACGCACUCAACCGGGUUCUCUUGUACAAUGUCGGGUAACUAAAAUCGACAUAACAAGAUUUAAUGUGGAGCUCACUUGCAAGUCAGCGGAAUUGAAGGAUGAACGUCAUAUAUGGCGUCCACGUCAAGAUGCUUUUUAUGAUUUUGAAAAAGAAGAAAAAGAUCUACGUUCUGAAGCGGAAGCAAUGGCUAAAGCUAAGGCUAAAACUAAUCCAUACAUGUCUCGUUUGAUAUUUCAUCCAUAUUUUAAGAAUAUUAGCUAUGAUCAGUUGGCUGCAAUGGAGCCGGAAUUAGAGCCUGUGCAAUUAUUAUUCGUCCAAGUAGAAAGGGAACGGAUCAUCUGA